AUGACUUCUUUAAGAAAUGUAAUAAAUGUAGUGGAAUGGGCUUACAGGGAGAGAAGUUUUGGAGAAACGAAAUGGGGAAAAUCAGCAAAUCAGAACCUAGGCACAGGAUUUGUUAUGAGAUUGGCACAUACCAUGGGAGUGAGCGUGGCAGAAAUUCGUUACUUCAAGAGCGCCAGACCGAGUGGAGGAACUGAGGGGUAUCGUCCGAAACUUCACCACCUGUACAACGAAACAAAGCUACGUAUGGAAAACUUCCGCGCCCUUGCACAGGCCGAAGAAGCAAAGGGUUUUGGAAAUGGCAUCCCCGACUGCUUCCACAGCAACGUUCUUUAUAAGAGAGCAGAUCGCAAGCGCUUCGAGACCGAUCCUGUCUUCCGCUCGGACUACAGGAAAGCAAAUCUGCGGCCCGUGUGGGAGAUCCUUGGCCCUCUACCGCCUCAGAACGUGGUGCAAGCCGAACCCUCCAUACCGCUUGACGCAGACCAUUCUGUGCAUGUGAAUCGAGAGGACGGAGCGCAGGUUAACGAGCGGACGGGUCAGCAGCGGGGUAGGUUACCGGCGUAUGUGGAAACGAAGAUCGAGAAGAAGGAUAAAGAGAAAAGGAAGAGGACGGCGCGAGUGCAGCGGGGGAUCCGGGGGUUGUUGAGUCGAAUUAACUUCUUCUCCUAG